AAUAACAUAUAUUACUAUUAUAGACCGACGUCUCCCGAGUAGGCAAUCACUGAUUAGCAACAAAGAUAUUGUGUUAUGGUGUAGACCAUUACCCGUCAAUUAGACAAAUAUUUGGAAUCUAUAUAACUGUUCUUUCAGAUUCACACCGAAAGAUAGCGUACGAUUAGCAACUUAAAUAUUAUGUCAUACAGUGUAAUCGUAUCCUAGAUCAACACGACUCUUUCGUUUCCAGUUAGCCCACAUUUUGAGACAGGGUGGUAAAAUGUUCAAGAAAUUUACAGGAGAUGAUGACUUUCCUUAUAAGGUUGAGCUGCAUGUUCAUCUUGAUGGUACAAUACGACCACAGACCAUAUUUGAAACAGCAAAGCGACGUGGUAUUCAACUACCAACAAAAACUGUGGCUGAACUUCACGAUUAUUUACUGCUGAAACAAACACAUGAUUUAGAGAGACUAUUACGCUCCUUUAGAACUUUUAUGCCCAUUGUAGCUGGUGAUAGAGAUGCUGUUUAUCAGAUGGCCUAUGAGUUCUGUGAAACCUGUUCUAAAUAUAACAUUAAAUACGCCGAGACUCGCUAUUCUCCACAUUUAAUGGCCAAUACAUUCGCUAAACCUUAUUAUGCGCUGGAAACCGGAAGUUAUUCUCCACGUGAUGUAGUUACAACUGUAAACGAGGCUUUAGUCAAUGGUUGUAGAGAUUUUAACGUCAAUGUGAAGAGUAUUUUAUGUUGCUAUAGGGACACGCCAGAAUGGUCAUUAGAAGUAGCUGAGUUAUGUAGAGAUUUUAAAUCCGAUGGAGUUGUAGGUAUUGAUGUAGCCGGACCAGAACAUUUAUGUGGUAAAGAUUCACCACAUAUCAUGGCUUAUUUGGAUGCUGAAAGAAACGGGAUACACCGAACAGCCCAUGCAGGGGAAGUAACUCCUGCAGAAACAAUAUACGAGGCACUUGAUGAUAUGCAUGCUGAAAGAAUUGGUCACGGAUACAGCUGUAUAAACAAUCCAGACUUGUACAGCCGAGUGAUAGGGGAGAGAAUUCAUCUAGAAACUUGUCCCAUUUCCAGUUUACUGACCGGAGGUGCUCCGAAUGGCAAAAUCAAUCAUCCUAUAACAAGGCUUGCUCAAGAUGGCGUCAACUUUUCCAUCAGUACAGACGAUCCUAAUGUAUUAGAUAAUAAUAUACUAGAUGAUUAUAAUGUUGCCAUGGAGAUGGGUCUCACCAGACAACAAAUUAUACAAUCUAUAUUUAAUGCUGCUAGAUCAAGUUUUUCUACUGAUAAGGAGAAGAAGACGAUGUUAGAAGAAUUAACCAAAGUUUAUGGUGACCAAUCAGUAUAAAGUCAAAUGAAAUUAGUCUAGUUUUUUAUUUUUAUCUGUUCGGAAAAUCAUUUUCCUUGAUUA